UCCGCCGCCGGCUCCUUGUAACGGGCACUUCCUGGGCUGACGUCGCAGUUCCCUUCGUGUAUUACCCUCAGGAGAUGGCCUCUUCUAAGUCUUUGAUGAACCUUCUAACCUUCACUUUUGGAUCAGCAAUAGGAUUUUUCGUAUGCUAUCUUCUAUUUAGCAUUAUACUAGAAGAACAGGUUAAGGUCCAGCCUCAUAUCCUUCACAAUGAUCCACAUGGUCAACACUCAGCAGAUACUGAUAACAAUCAGCUUCAAGGACAAAUGAAUUUCAAUGCAGACUCUGGACAGCAUAAAGAUGAGAAUAAAAAUAUUGCAGAGGGACUGUAUCAGAAGGUGAAAAUACUGUGUUGGGUCAUGACUGGACCUCAAAAUCUAGAAAAGAAAGCCAAGCAUGUUAAGGCCACUUGGGCCCAACGUUGUAAUAAAAUACUUUUUAUGAGCUCUGAGGAAAAUAAAGACUUCCCAGCUGUGGGCCUAGAAACCAAAGAAGGCAGGGACCAACUGUACUGGAAGACUAUUAAAGCUUUUCAAUAUGUAUAUGACCAUUAUUUUGAUGAUGCUGAUUGGUUUAUGAAAGCAGAUGAUGAUACAUAUGUUAUACUGGACAAUUUGAGAUGGCUUCUUUCAAAAUACAGUCCUGAACAACCGAUAUACUUUGGAAGAAGGUUUAAGCCUUAUGUGAAACAGGGCUACAUGAGUGGAGGAGCAGGAUAUGUUCUGAGCAAAGAAGCUCUGAAGAGAUUUGUUGCUGCAUUUAAAACGAACAAAUGCUCUCACAGUUCUUCAGUUGAAGACCUAGCACUAGGAAAAUGCAUGGAGAUCAUUAAUGUGGAAGCAGGAGAUUCUAGGGAUUCAAGUGGUAGAGAAACCUUUCAUCCCUUCGUACCAGAACAUCACUUAAUCAGAGGAUACCUACCAAAAACAUUCUGGUACUGGAAUUAUAAUUAUUAUCCUGCUGUAGAGGGCCCUGGAUGCUGCUCCGAUCUAGCAGUUUCAUUCCACUACGUUGAUUCUGUGACUAUGUAUCAUUUGGAAUAUUUGAUAUAUCAUCUCCGUCCGUAUGGGUAUUUGUAUCGGUACAAUCCUGAUUCAGCAAAGAAUUCAGAAGAGCAGAGCAAAAAUGAAGGACUGGAGGAUAAUCAAAAGCUAAAGGAAAAAAUUUCUGAGAAUUAAUUGGACUUUGAAGAAAAUGAAAAGAAGCCAGUACAAUGAUUAAGAGUCUUCUCAAACUCCUGCAUGAAGCUUGUGGACUAAAAUUACUCAUGACGAUUCUUAUUUAAAAAAUCACGUUGGAAGUACUUCCUGUCACUGUCUGUGUACAACAGCCCAGUGAUGGCUCUGACUGUUUGGGAUAGCGUGACCUUGCAGCCCUGCUCAUGAAGAUUUGAGGUCCUAAAGCUGUGAAACAGGAGGUUGUGCUGGUAUGCUAAUAUCUGGAAGAAUUUGUAUAAAAACCAUAGUGGACAGGUUCAAAGAUAAUCAUACAGUAUUUCUGUUCCUUUUUCUGUUCUCCUCCAUUUUCUUCCAGAUGUUCUGUUAGGUCAGUUCUAACAUGAGAAAUUGGAUGCUGUGCAAUCAAAUACUGUGCAAACAAUGGCUUUCUCUGGUAUUCUCAGUAUCGUGAAGUUACUGCGCGGAUCUUGCCUUGUAAGGAAGGGAGAGGCAUGAAAAUAGAAUUUCAAGUCUGCUUUGCCUUAACGACAGGCUUGUUGUUAGAGUAGGCAGAAAUCCACCCAAAAGAUUAAUCUGAAUUGUCUCAGAAAUGGAAUUCGCUGCUAUGAGUUAUUUUAAAUUUUUUUAAGUCUCUUGUAGGAAACAAUAUGGAGAAGAUGGAUCGCUGCUGGUUUAGUGAGAAACCCAGAAAUAGUUGCUAUUGUUUAAAUUGGUGAGGUGAUGCGAGCUGCUUAUGUAUUUGCCUGUGGCUUUUUUUUUUUUUUUUUUUAUAUUAACUUAUCUUAUUAGUUGAAUGGAUAUAAAAAUUCAUCUCAGAAUUUCUCAGCAUAAGAUAAGGUAGAUGCUUCUUGAAAUAGAAGUUCUCUUCCAUCACACCUUCCAUAUAAACCAGAAAGAAUAGCAUCUUAGCAACGUUACAGUGGCAUUGUAACAACUUGGUUUCAGCCAGUAUUAUAACUAGUUUGUUUCCAUUUAAUUUUCAUACCAUGAUACUUUGAGAUUGUGGAGAGUAUCUGUGUAUCUCACAGAUACAAACAAGUCUUAUUUUAAAACUGCAGCAAAGCCAAUUUGACUGCUUCCGUACGCAUCUAGUUUAUUUGGCUAAAGUACUUAAUUUCACUUUUCUGAACUUUUUUUUCCUCCACUUUUAAAAUUUCUUCUGUGUCUGCUUCUUGUUACCUUUUUCAGAACAACGUGUUAAAAGAUCCUUAUUUCACUCUUUUUGAAGCUGAAGUAUAUAGUUAUUCAGGUAAGCCAGUCUGAAUGCCGGAAUUUUUCAAAGUGCAUUAACUUUCUCCACCACUUUAUGAGUAUCUCUGCCUCUUAACUGAAAACACUUGGUGUGGGACAAAAUAGGUGUUUUAACUGCUGAAAAUUUUUCAGAGGCCAGGCCUAUGUUUUAUAUAGUUAAUAUAAAACUUUCUGGUUUUCUCUUUUUCAAAUUGAGUGAAUAGCAGUAUGGGGGAUGGGGAUAAGCUUGACAUGUAGUGUGUCUUUAUUCUACGCUUGAACAAAAGUUCCUUCAUCUUUUUAUCGCUUUUCACCUUCAUCAUAUUGAUGAAUUUGGACAUAACCUAAUUACCUCCAGUCAUUGUUUUGGAAAGGGCACAUACUGGUAGCAGACAGCCUUAUUUACUACUGCUGUCCUUCAGGAUGUUCCUGGAAGAGGAUGUUAUCGUGAAGUCCUGGAAUUUUUUUUCCAAAGGUAGUUCUUACACAGAUUGGUGUUCUAUCUGUUGUCCAGCAGUAGAGUUGUGACUUCCUUUCUGACCGUUGCUCUGCAGCAUGAUGGCAAUUACUGAAAUGUCUCAUGGAGUUGAAAUAUUACAUUCAUCUUCUCUGCCUGAAUAUAGGCUGGGUUCACAUAUCAGGUAUUAGUUAAACAAAUAGUUCCUGCAGGGUUAAAUCUGUUGGUCUUUUAUGAGCAAGACCACCUCUGGAAGUACUGAAACGGACACGAGCUUUAUUUUAUGUUAAUUGACUUAAGUAGAAAAUUGAAACUGUAUUUGUUUAAAAAAGGAAAAAGUCUCCAGUUUGCUCUAGUCAGAGGGAUGCACGUCCAGAGGAGAAUGGAUGGUACCGUGCCGAGAGGUGCUUCCUUCUGUGAGCUAAACGUUUAUCCCAUGUGCAACACAUGCCAAUAAUACUGUGAAAUCCAUAUGGUAUUGGCGACUGCAGUGCAUUGUUCAAACAUGCAGUUAAAAUUUUCUGGAAUACUUAAGGAAAUUAUAAAAUGAAAUCAAGAUCCCAACUUAAUCUCUUUGUAAAUUCAGUCCAUGUAGACGGUUUACUGAACUUCUGUACUGUUCCUUUAUUGCUGCUUUCUUCCUCAGUUCAUCCAUCGGGAUUUAAAGAUUUUCUUCCACAACAGGCAGAACUGAUCUUGCAUAUUUUCUGCAGAUUUGCGUCCUAUGUUUGCCCUGUGCUACCCUGUGAAGUAGCAUCAUUUCCUCUUCAUCUUCCUUGCUAUCCUGGCUAUCCUGUCUCUGGGUUUUCAGUUUCAUCAUGCACAAGCCUCAGGUGGACAAGAGGAAGCAGGUAGUGAGAUGUCUGAGCUCCACUGAGCAAGUCAAAGCAGCCACCACUGAGCUCAUGAUGGUGGAGGAGCUCAUGGCUCCUUUUCUCAGAAGCAGUUCCCAUUAUUGUCUGCCGUCCAGCUGUGGCUUCUGUGUUUAGCGGAGCGGGGCAGGAAUGUCCCUUUCCACAAAACAUGCAGGACCUCAGAGGGAAGAGAGAAAUAGAGGAACAAGUUCCUUUUCUUGAGGGAAUAAGGCUAAGAACAUCCUACCUUGUGAUAAAUAGGUGGCCUGUCUGGAGAAACAGGAGUAGCCUUUUCUUCAAACUUCCAUUCUUGCUUUGUUUUAAAGUGUCCUUGUUCUUAGGCCUCUGAAUCUAUUUAUUUUGCCUUUCUAACAGCACUGCAAAGAUUUUUUUUUUUCCUUCCAGACAAGCUAGAGAAGUAUCGGUUUUUACAUUCUGUGAUUAUAACAGACUGUUGUUCUCUUUUGAACUGUCUUGACGUACCAAUGAGCUGGUACCUCUGAAAUAGUUGGUUUGUAGCUCACUCCCUUCAAAAGCUUCAGCAGACAAGGCUGGAAUGUGAACAGUUAGUGUAAUUUUCAUGUACAAUAUUACACUACUAUUAGUACUUUGUUAUUUCACUCUCAGGUCUUUGUGCUUUGAGAAAGUAUUGAGUUUGAGUACUUCUGCAGCGCAAGGAGGCUGUGAUAUUUCGGGUGGAAAGACCUUUCCAAAGCACAGCAACAUAGGCCCUCUUAGGCUGCACUGAUUCUUGCUCUGUGGUUUGGUUUGGGUUUGUUUCUAAAAGAGGCUUCUUUAUUUAUAAAACCUAAAAGCUUCCAUUGGCACAGUAGUGAUUUAAAUGACUCAUCUGAAGAUUUUGAACUAGUUUUCUUGAAAUUACUCGGAUGUGGGAAUGUCACUUAGUGUCACAGAGUAAUGUGUUAGCCUUGUGCAAAGUGUUUCUUCGUUCAGAAGGAAUGAGGACACCAAGAAGUUACCUUCUGGCCACUGUUCUUAACCAGAGGAUAGUAUUAAGCUUUGUUAGCAGAAAAAGACCAAUUUUAAUCUUCCUUCAUUCCCAGUUAAUUUUUGCAGUCUAUAUUGGUGUUACUGAAGAGGUCAAACGCUGGUGAUGUUAGCACCGUCUCUCAUUUUGCGGAAGCUCCUUUCCCAGUAACUUUCACCUUGACGGACGCUUUCUUUGUUUUGCUUGGGUGGGGGUAGAUAUUAAAAAAUCACUUUUUCUUCACAUGUGGCCAUUUGUUCUGUUACUUCCAGAAGUAUAAAUUUUAGUGAGUAGCUGAUAGACCUCUUAUAAACAGUUUGCUGUCUGAGCAGGGUAUCUUGUGGUUGUACGACAGAAGAGUGCGGAUUAUUUCUCUGAUGUACCUGCUACUGAUGUUGAUAGUGCACGCACAGAUGAAAAUAGAUCCCUCAAACCAGGACCACUUGGAAAGGCAAUUUUGUCCUUUUUCUGUCAAGAAAAACUUCUGUGGAACUCCAAAACUGUAAUUUGCUUUUUUUUACCCUAUUGUAUUUAAAAUACUCCACAAAUGUUAUUAGUGCUCUAAAAGAAUUGAAUAUCGCUGCUGGACAGUAUGCUCCACUUCAAACCUGUGAAUGUUUCACAUUGCAGUUAUUGGUAGUUGUGUCCCUAGUGGCAGGUAUCAGUUGGUGACUUGUCUGGAAUGAUCACCGUAAGGCUUUGUUUCUUAAAUACCUUCUUUGAAGUGCCUUUGACCAAUUUUUAGCAUCAAAAUUAAGUUGAGAAUUGAAUAAAUAAAAUAAGUUAUCUCAUAUGCAGCGCAUGUUUGUCUUCAUUUACCCCUCCCGUAUGCUAGUAGUGUAGCAUAGCUAACAAAAACACUCUUGCUUUUUUUUCUUGGGUGGGUACAGGAAAGUCAAAAAGCUUCUCACACUUGCUGUGUUUUCUGUUACUGUGUUUAUGCUAUUAACAAACAGCAAGCUGCCCUGAAAACAAAGACGGCAUUUUUUUUUAAGUGUAAAAUUAAUCAUAAGUACUAGUACUAGAUUCACAGAAGCAGCCUGUUGUUUCUGCACUGUCCUGAUUUU